AUGUACAUCAUCAACCAUCCAUUAAUAGAUUCUAGUCUUGCUCUCAGCUCAGGCAGCAUUACAGACAGGCGCAACAGCUUCACUCUGAAGAUGCAGGAAUUUAAUCCAAAUCACUAUUACCUCUUAGUCUCUGGAGCUCCAGUAUCAGUAAAGGGUGAUUUGGAAAUGGUUGAUAACAAAACUAUUGAUGGUGUGGAUGUAUCGGUUUUGGAGAGGGAGGUUGUUGACUUGACAAGCGAUCAGUUUAUAGAAGGGGAAGUGAGAAUUGAUGGAAAAUUGACAGUUGAUGGCGACUUGUCCAUCAGCGGGAAACUGAACGGUUGGAAUGUCACCUCAGACCUGCUGAUGUUAGAUUAUACUGUGCCUCACACAGACACACUCACCUUCACGGAGAAAAUAGCAGCGGAAUCAGUGACUCUGUCCAGCACUAACCUGCUGCUGGAGAGUCUGAAUGGGUUAGAUUUGGAGGAAGCUGCGACCGACAUCGUGCUGGCAAACGAGAGCGCCACCAUUUCUGGGCCGCUUGACUUUGGAGGAACAGUCACAGUGGACCAACUCCACGUCACUGGUACGGUCGAUGGAGUUGAUGUUGGCGACCUUGCAACCCGCAGUCUGAAGAAAGAGGCAUUGCAGCCACAGUUGGUGGAGGGAAAGAUCACCGUAGAUGGGGCAGUUCACUUUAACUAUGUACCAAAUCUGCAAGAAGUGAACAACAAGAGCUGGUCAGAUCACUUAAGCAAGGUAAUACCACUGAACUAUGAUGGAGCAAUCAGUGGAACGAAAAGAAUAGAUCAACCUGUGUUUGUCCUUGGGGAUUUCAACCCUACCACUGUCAACGGAAUUAAUUUGGCCGAACUUGCACCCAGAAUCUUGACCAAAAGUGGUAACCAGAGUAUCACCGGCAACUACACAUUCAGCUCCAAUAUUACAGCUACAAACAUCGAUGCCCCGGUUAUUGACGAAGUGCAUACCAGUGACCUUUUGUUGUUGGAUCAGAAUGGAUUUUUGGAAGGAACGAUUGUCUUUGAAGAGAAUGUCGUCAUGAGCAGUGUUAUGUCCGGCACAGGCUUACUUGAUGGCUGCGAUAUUCUAGGAGUGUUAAAGGAGAAUGUUAUAGCGGAUAGUAUCCUGGCUGGAGCCUCCGAGAUUAAUGUCCAGCGCUUCCUUGAGACUUUGGUCCGGAAGUCCUCCGAUCAAGAUAUAACGGGAAAUACAACUUUCUCUGGUGAUGUGCAAAUAAAUGAUCUUUGGGCAGAAACUAUAGAUGGAGUUUAUGUGGACGAACUUUAUGAAAUAGCUGUACAGGAUAAUCAGAAUACGGUUAGUAUCUCAGUAUAA